AUGUCGCCUGAGCAACUUCAAAUUUUGCUCUCUCAAGUCAGUGCUGAGUUCACCCGCAAGAGCUCCUCCACUUCUGACUCUGCCAACUUCGUCGCACCAGAUCUCGUCGACGACCAGCUGUCGUCGGACGAGCACGGUGCUGACAAGGCUGACGUAGGUCGCGAUUUGCCAUUAGAGCCCGAGGUAGACCCAAUACUAGACGCUGGAUCUGCUGACGGUAACUUGCCUGUCACACUUUCGCCGGCUCUAGAAGCAGCGGACGAUGCGGACGAAAACGUCAGUGGCGAAAGCGAGGCCGACGACGACAGCGGUGACGACGACCGCUCCUUCCCUAGGCGCAAGAAGGGUUCCGUUGCUGCUAUGCAUGGCGGUGCUCCUAACACUACGUCGAAGCAGAAGCGCAAACGCCAGACGAUACGGAAAGAAGUUGUUCAGCCUGUUGACAGAGCCCAGGCUGCAGCUUCUGAUCAGCAGCGCACGGUUGAGUUGCAGCAGGAGACAUUGGCGGGCGUUCGGCGGCAACUGGAGGAGAGUCAGCGGGCGAAUCAAUUGCUCCAGGCAAGCAGGCCGGCCUCAACGUCUUCCGCGCUGCCCGUCAACGUUGCAAGCACUUUGCGAGGCCUCAACGAUCACCGUUCAACUCUGGCGCCUGCAGUCGCACCUGGGGCGGUCGGACGCUCGUUGGCAACCUCCGUGAUUCCUGCGCUGCUCGCGCCAAACGCCUCUCGCUCCCUUGGCACCCCCCUCGCUUAUCCGGGAACCCCAACACCUCGACCAGAUGCUCGUGAACCUUCGACCAAGCUUCCGGAAUCGCUUACCGAGCUCACCUUUUUCACGGCAAAGUGCAACCAAGCGGUUCUCUACUUCGUUGCUGAGGCUCCCCCGAGGGAGAUUAACUUCUGGCCUGAGCCGCAGGAGUUGAGGCAGCAACUCAUCCGUACGUAUCAGCUGGUGAACGUUUCUGAGGAAACGUUCAACCUUGUCAUGAACUCUCACCCGGAACGGGAGAGGAUUCUUAAAGACAAGGUCGGCGAGCGUCGGGGCAACCUCUUCACGCAGGUCAAGACGUGGGCACAUGGGCCAGGCGGGUUCGUCAGGGAAUCGAAGAUUCCCAUGCUGGCUGCUGAGAACAUGGCGCCGGUGCAGCGCCGCAACGUCCAGCAGUGGCACCUUUUCUAUUUCGAUCGUAAGUACUCGGCUCGUUUUAACGUUGCAUGCCCCGAGCACUUCCAGCCGUUUUUUCCUGAGAUCCACAUGUAUUGUGCUUACAUCGAGCUGAUUUCUGUGCUUGCAGCCGUUUAUGGCAGCAAGUGGCACUGCGAUCCUGACACGGGGCGCCCGUUCGCCAACAAGGCGUUUGAUAUGGCGCUCUGCAAGGGACUUGGCGGUCGCAGGUGUAAGACGAUGUUUGCCAAGAUCCCAGUGGUGGCAACGAUUUGCCAUGUGGUUGAAUGGCCCAUGGCAAAUGCGGGGAGCCGUGACACGCCUGCCCUAGAUGGUAGUGACUCGAACAACAGGAGGGAAGUGCAGCUGAAAGUGGGGGUGAUUAUUGAUUGGAUUAAGGAUAGGUUAUCCCGUGGGGAUAAUAUCUAUCGCGACACUGCCCCUGCAGGCUUUCAGAUGGGAGCAAACCCGUUAGUGCGUAUUGUGAUCGCAGGGUUUGAGGACGAGUUUGCUGGGUUGCUGCCAGGAACCCUGGUUUUCUAA